AUGCGCCAUGAUUUGUUGGAAAUGUUCCUCGACGAUGCAGGUGGCUUCGAGAAGUGCCUGGGGCUGGAGUACGCGAGCCACGACGCCGGAAUCGAGGACAGUAUAAGGAACCCUGACCCCUUGCUCGACCGCAUGGGACCUAUUACGGAUAGGCUCUUUAGCCUGAGCCUUGCUGAUGAUUACGACUAUGGAGGUGAACUCGGAGCUAGGAUCAAAGCGGGCGGGUUUGUUGGCGAGGCGAUGCCUCAUCCCCAGAUCAGUCUCCAGGAGAGUGUCUUGGGUCUUUCUUGCCGGGAAGAUGGGGUCCUACAGAGAUCGAAUGGCUAUGGCCUUGUUGCACCUGAGGAAAGACGGUCGAAGGUCAAGACCCAAAGCACGACGAUAUACGACGACUACAACCACAACUUCGACGGCGUGGCUCCAGAUCCAACCACAGCAGGCAAGAAACGCCCGCUUGACAUUGAGAGCGUGUUAACAGACGGGCUUGCGCAAGAGCUGGAGGAAGAGAAACGGAAAAAGAUGAUGCAAGUGGUCGAAACUUUGGUUAUCAAGGUACUCCAACAGCCUCUGGUAGCGAAAGAUACGAACUCCGGCAAGGCACUGGUCGAAGCGCCCGAGGAUGAGCGAAGCUGCAACGAGCAGCAGACUGCCGAAUCGAACGCGAAGUCAUUUUCAAGCGAUUCUUCGCCGCCGACUCAAGCAUUGCGUCCGCCGGCUGCCCCUGAGGUGGGAGUCGAUUCUCACGACCACAAAUCACAAAGUAUCUCGGACGGGGCGCUCAUCAACACCCCUGAAGAGAAGGGCAACGCCUGGCUUCCUACAGACUUCUAUGACUUCGAUUUUGGCGAUGAGUCGAAUUUGCAAAGAUGGCCUGGUUGGAACAGUGCUUUUGUUGAGGGGAAUGGUUACGAGUGGGCUGCUAUCGGUGCUACUGCGUCUCGGAUGCCACAUUCGAACCAGAUAUUGGACUGCACGACGGUUCAGGGAAAUGGAAACCUGUCACAGAGUGACCUUGACUCCGAGACCUUUGAUUUCGGGUUGUCACCGGAUAAGUGUGCAGCUGUGUACACGCACCUGACUGUCUUCACCACUCCGAGUAGCGAAUAA